AACGAAGGAUAGCCUCAUACCCCUCAGCCAGAGACUAAAAUUGUUGGCAUUAAUGACAUUUGAAAAUGCCAUCCUAUAUCUCCAGUGUCCUGACCAUAUUGCAUCGACACUCAGCUCGCACAUCACCAGCAUCAAAUCUAUCACAAGAACUAGUCGGACCUCAUCCGAGCUUGUUCGAGGAAUCCUCUAUACAACAGGGCGACAUGUCCGAUCUCCCUUCGAAAAGCCAAUGUGCUAUUCAUCUCGAGCUGUUGGAAGCGUUCUAUACUCUUCGUAUCCGGGUUACUACCUCGAGCAGGCUGAAAAAAACUCUGGAUCGGAAACACAACCACAAGAGAUACUCGAUACUCCCUGGACGCAUAGAACCUUCCGAGAGAUGGCACAGGUUUCUAUCAAUCGCAGUUACCAGAUUCCAGCAAUGGGUUCGAGCAGUGAAUCACCAUCUUGAAGCCAAGCACCUCGAGCGGAACAGUUCUCUCCUUCUACCUCCCCUCGACAUACUCAUGGUAUGGCAUGCCUUCCUGCUCAACCCCCACGACUUUACCCAGUUCUGCAGCACCAACCACCUAGAUCACAUCCGCGGCCUCUCAUUUCCCUGGAAAGCGAUACACGAGGCCCUAUCUCACGACAACUGGAACUACACUCUCCCAAGCAAUACCUCAGCCUGGCUUCGCAGCGAGCUGAGCAUCGCACCAGACCUAGUUACAGCACUAUCAGACAAUGAAGCCACCACUCUCGAAGCUAUAACCCCACUGACCCCAUCAGAGCACAUCUCGUUGGUGGACAACAUCCUCCGACAAGCCAUCUUCAUGGACAAAAUGCAUGAUUUCCUCUGGAUCCGUAGUCCCGCGCUCCAGGGAACCCUCACCCGGGCACUCGCGCGCUAUGAGCGCUUCGUCGCCUUGUUCCGUCUGCACCCGGGAACAACGCUGGUCCCUACUCUGGACGUGGAUUUGGUUUGGCACACGCAUAUGUGUAGUGCUGCCGUGUACGAACAGUCGAUGCUGGAGCGGACGGGACGGUAUAUCAACCAUGAUGAUAAGCUUGGAGAAGAAAUCCUUACCGGGGGGUUCGAUGCAACUGGAAGGUUGUACGAGGCUGCGACGGGGGAGCCGUACGGGGGUUGCUUCUGUUGGGAUUGCGAGGCGAUGCGGUCGGCUGGAGAGAUGGUGGAAGGUGACGUGGAGGCGGGCGCGCGAAAGAAGAUUGAGGAGGAGGUGGACUCUUGCUGGCGAGCUGAGAUGGCGAGGCGCAAGUAGAUGCUUUUUGGGGGUGUUGUACCUGUGGCUCGGACUUGUCUUGAGUUGCUACUGCUGCCACUCUAGGCCCUGCUACGUUAGCGUGACGCUUUAUGUUCUAUACUUUAUCGUAGGAGACAACACGAGCGACGAGUUCAGAAGACUUGGAAUGUUUCAACAUAAUAG